AACAUUGUUUCAAAUAUGGCGGCACACUAAUUGACAUUUGGGUUUGACAGACGAAAAGUAUAUUGAUGAUGUCUACAUAUAAAGUUAAUGAGUUAUCCAUUGAGUUAUUUCGCACAGAUCAGUAUUACAUUUUUAUGAAAGGGGAAUAUGGCUUAUGGUGGAACCGUCACACUGGCAUUUUUCAGGCAAAGUCAGGCUGGGAUCUCUCAACAGCAGAUGACCCUGAUUGCCUUGGAGUCUUCUAUGGAAUCAUUGGAAAAAUUGAACUACAUUCUGUUGUUGAAAGCCGUCUGAUUCUUGUAAAAGAUUAUGCGAUAGUGGGUGACCUUCCAGGUGGUAAAACAGUUUACAAAAUAAAAUCCAUAGUUUUCCUGCAGCUUGGUACUUCCAGUGAAAAUGCUGACUUAGGUCUUCAUCCCUGCAAAAAACAUCAGAAUGGAAUGUCUGUCAAAAAGACUGGAGGUGCUGUGGGAAUAUUUGAAAUGCAUCAAAAGGCAGCAUUAGCAAAAACAUGGGGCACAAUGAAGUCUGCAGCAAACACCAUAAAGACAACAACACAACAGGCAGCUGCUCUUGCAACAUCCCAGGUAAAAGCUGGAAAGCGGCGAGACAGUAAAGAUAAAGAAAAAUUUGAACGACGAAUUUUGGAUGAGUUGCAGAGAGUUUUUACUGACACAGAUUCAUUCUAUUUCUCUUUAUCAACUGAUCUGACAAAUUCCUUGCAGCGACAAGCAAAUCUUAAUGUCAGUAAUGAGAAGAAUACAUUAUCAUUCUGGAAGACAGUGGAUGAUCGAUUUUUCUGGAAUAAACACAUGCUAAGUGAUAUCUUGGCAUUGGGGACACCAUUAGCUGAUCUUUGGGUUAUUCCAGUAAUACAGGGUUUCAUACAGAUUGAACACUGCAGUGUGGAACUUGGCAGUGAUAGUGGAACUUCUGUUGGAAGUGAAAGGCGAUGUGAGACAUUCACAUUAUGCCUAAUAUCUCGCCGAAGUCGCUUCAGAGCUGGUACCCGUUACAAACGUCGUGGUGUAGAUGAGAAUGGAAAAUGUGCAAAUUAUGUGGAAACAGAGCAAAUUAUUUCUUAUCACCAUCAUCAAGUGUCAUUUGUUCAAGUAAGAGGCUCAGUACCCGUGUUUUGGUCACAGCCGGGAUACAAGUAUAGACCUCCUCCACAGCUUGACAAAGGUGAGGCCGAAACUCAAAGUGCUUUUGAAAAGCAUUUUUCUGAAGAGGUUUCUGUUUAUGGACCAGUAUGCAUAAUUAAUCUUGUUGAGCAAUAUGGGAAGGAGAAGAUCAUAUGGGAUGCAUACACUAAUCACAUAUUAUUGUUAAAUAAUCCGCAACUCACAUAUGUUACAUUUGACUUUCAUGAAUACUGCCGUGGAAUGCGUUUUGAAAAUGUUUCCAUUCUGAUUGAAAAUAUUGUUGAUGUUAUAAAAGAUAUGAGCUACUGCUGGAGAGAUCGAGAGGGAUUGAUAUGCAGUCAGAAAGGUGUGUUCAGGGUUAACUGCAUUGAUUGCCUUGAUAGGACAAAUGUUGUGCAGACUGCCAUUGCAAAAGCUGUUAUGGAAAUUCAGUUUACCAAAUUAGGCUUGAUUGCUCCAGAGGGAAGAAUACCAUCUAAUAUACGAAAUACAUUUCAGCUUUUAUGGGCUAAUAAUGGUGAUAUCAUCAGUAAACAGUAUGCAGGGACCAAUGCACUAAAGGGGGACUACACAAGGACUGGAGAAAGGAAAUUCACCGGAAUGAUGAAAGAUGGCAUGAACUCGGCUAACAGGUAUUACCUCAGUCGUUUCAAAGAUGCCUACAGGCAGGCUACCAUAGAUAUGAUGUUGGGUAACAUUGUGUCAGAUGAUGUAUUCUCUCAAGAGAAGGCCGUUGAUGAAGAAGAUGUAGCCUUAACAGCUGAGCAUGUGAAAUUGCUCAUUGAAGAUUGUAAAAAAAUGUUAAUAAGUGAUUCUGAGAUCAUUCUUGGGGCAUGGGGCCUUAUAGAUGCAGACCCAGUGUCAGGAGAUCCUACAGAAACUGAAAUGGAUUCUAUCUUGAUCCUUACGCGGGACUCUUAUUAUGUUGCUGAUUAUGAUGACCAGUUAGACAGAGUAAUGAAGUACCAAAGGGUGCUGUUAGAGGACAUUCACAUGGUAGAAUGUGGACCUGUGGAACAGCAGUCCGUACCUCUAUUCAAGCACACUGCCCGUACCAGUCAUUAUUGUCUGCGUAUUCACUACGUGGUUGCAAAUAGUCCGGGGUACUUCCAUAUGUUUCGUUCAACUAAUCUGCGAUUUUUUAACAACAUGGCUGUUGGAAUUCGUACUGACGAAGAAAUGAUAGAAUCUUUAAAAGCUAUAUGUGAAGCUUUUAUGGUCGCUGUUGAAGUUGCAAACUUACCACCCAUACCAUACAUACAAGGAAAACUUGAACGCAAAAAAAGCAAAGUUUUGUCAACAAAUUCAAGAGGGCACACACCGGGAAUUUAUUUAGAUGUCUGCCAAAUACCUCAUAUGACUCGGAAUGUAUCUGAAACCCAAUUACUGGCUCUUAAGAAUGUUGGUACCAGGGCACUGACCAAUAUGACUAUGCAAUUUAAUAAGUUAAAUAAAAUUGGCCAUAGUUUCAACACGAAGAAAGCAAAAUCAAUUGUCUCAGAUGAAACACAACUGAAGGAAAUGUCUGGUGUACAAGGCAGAGGGGAAAUGCAUGUGUCAUACAGUAAGGUUUCCAGUGAUGAAGAAGGUGAUGAUGGUAUUACAUAUGCUCCAGGUCACCAGGAACCUGUUAUGCCUAUAAAUCACUCACCUAUUUCAUUCUCAAAAAUCAAGGUAAAACCUGUGGACUCCUAUCUUCCAAGUGUGGGUAUUAUAAUGUCAACAAGAGUAAGUGAAAACAUGUGUACAAGAAAUACAGAAAGAAUUGCCAUUCUUAAUCAGACUGAUGAACUCUUUCCUUUGGCUGCACCACAUAUUGACAGUGUGUCUUUAUCCCAGGUAGUUCAGAACGUAUCCAUUCGUAGACAUAUUCUGACACAUUCUCGUACAGAUUUAAGUUUAGAUGUGUCAAGUCUACAUUCGGCUAAUGUGACAUCAAAAAAUUCUUCUCUCACCCCAAGUCCUCUCAGACAAGGUUCAACAACACCCGAGAUAACUAUAGAGAAUACAGCAGUUUCAAGUACAACCCUUAAUCGGCAAGAACCUCAAAAAUUUGAUGGUUUAGAAUUUACAUGUCCGGAGAAAUCAGGAGAAAAUGCAAAUGAAAUGCAAAAAGGAGAAAGAAAAUUGUCAACUGGAGCAAAAUUAACUCCUCCAAAUACUCUUCCACUGACACGAAAGUUAUCACAUUCUUCAGGUGAAGUUGAUGGGGGGCAGAUUACCAAAACCAACGAAUUUACUAAGCAGAAAAAUGAGAAUAUCAACCAAAGAUCUUCAAAUAUUAAAUUUGGAGACAGUGAUAGACAUUUGAUAGGGAGUUUGAGAUGUUCUUCAGAAAGGGAGCUUUGCUUCAAUAUUACGUCUUCACAGAGUGAAAAUGCAUUGCGUUCCAUAAGAAGUGGUUUCACGAAUGCAAUUACCAGUCCAGUGGCAGUAACAAAAGAUCUUGUCCUCUCACCAUUUUCAAAAAUUGCCAAAGGUAUGCAAAAUCUUGGAGCUAAUUUGGAUCCACGCAAGCUAAAAGGACCUGUUACAGGUGUUUCAGGCAUGGGACGACACACUGUGAUGGAACAACAUUGCGAGGAAAUACAAAGGCUACAAGAAAAAUGGAAAAGUUGUAGAACCCGUCUCAUUGCAUUGUAAAUUACUGCACAGAGAUUUAUCAUGUAUGAACAUUGUCUUAUGUGUAAUAUCUGCAUUACUUUGACACUGGAUGCUGGCCGUUCAAGUGCGCACUGUAAAUGUCAGUGAAAACUUUGCUUCCUGUUUUUUUGUUAGUUUUAUUUUACUUUACAAAGGCAGGACAAAAUGUGAUAAGAUAAUGUACACAAAUGUUGUCUUUAUCAUUUUUUAUUAGGUUUGUGUGGUUCACUUCUCUAAUAAUUAAAUUUUUAGCAUUCAUAGUGAACUGUCUUGCAACUGUAAAAUAGUUUUGCUCUUACUGUGAUGUUUACAUAUAUUUUACUUUUCUAUUUUAUAAUUAUUUAUUGCUAUUUAUUGUCAUUGUUAGCAUGGGACACCAAAUCACAUUUUCUGUAUGUAAAGAAUCACAAGAGAAUACUUAAAUUUGUGAUAAGUGUUUGUCAGCCUUUCAACAAUAUGCAUGAAUAAAUCCUCAAUUCCAAAAACACUACCCUACCAUCCCUACAGAACAUAACAUCACAUUUAAUGGAAACCACAUAUAGAUAAUACUGAACAAAUUUGUUGCAGAUCUUUCAAAGACUAAAUCCCAGAAAACAUAUUCACUUCAAAAGUCUAUGGAGUUAUUACACAGCACAAGUUCUUAAAUGCAAUGCAUAUUUACUGUAUGUUUAUUUAUACAAAGUAAGAAAAAGCUGUUGUACAGUUGCAAAUGAAAUAUAUGUUUGUCUUUCAUUUUUAAUUAUGUGUUCAUAGUGUGUUUUCAAGGCAGUGUUUUAUGUCAUUUUUUUAUGUCGUUCAUCUACAGUCAUAGACUUGAAAUAUUAGUGUUUUUGCAGAAUUUUUGUUGACAUAAGCUGGAAUGACCCUUCAUGUAAUGUCUUUUAAGUCAGUUGCUUUAUACAUGCACUGCAUCACUAAAGAUUGCUCUCUAUUGUUGUCAUAAGCUUCAUUGUAAUUCAUUAUUGUUAGAACUUAUCAUUAUUAUAAUAAAAACUAAGAUU